UGCUAAUACAAGACAAGGAAUUUCGGUUUACGACUCAACACGAAGAAACCACUAGAGCGAUUCUCACAACGUUGAUGAGCACGACAACUUUGGCGUUCCCUGACUAUGAGGCCGCCAUCGAUGGAUCUCGCCCAUUUCAGUUAUCGUCCGAUGCGUCUGUUCAUGGUUUUGGGGCCGUUCUGGAACAGCAACAGGGUGAUGGCACGAUGCGUCCUCUCGUGUACGUCAGUCGAUCAACUCUUCCCAACGAACGCAACUGGGACGCGACUGACCUAGAAAUGGGGGCGUUGGUUUGGGCUGUCAUGAAGCUCCGAGUGUAUUUGUACGGUAUCCCUUCGUGGUGCGUGGCUGUUAUGCUUUCUCGGUUGCCGCAACUUGCGACCGACAAGGAUGAAUCGGGCCCGAACCGCCUCAUAGAAGAGGGUGAUCUCGAAGUGUCGCGCAGAACCAGUGGAAUCUGGCUGUCCGAUCUCGUCAACGCGGCGUCAGUACCGUCAGGCCGUCGUCCUUCUUGGAAGAUUCGCGAACGGGAGGAGGUACCUGAGCCCGCCGCUGCAACCGCUGUGCCUGCUAGCGGCGGUGCUUCUGCCGCACGACCGGCGCGUCGUGCCGCCGCCCGGGAUCCGACACCGCCGUCCCGGACGGGCCCCGCGGAGGACACACCGAUUCCUAGCGGGGCCGGUCGCCGGCACCGGCGCCAGAGACCGCCUCUUUCCGCCGACCCCGUGGUGGAACAACCGGCUGCUCGCGGGGCCGGUCGUCACGGCCGGCGUCCUGCCGCGCCGACGCCCACCACGGCUGUCAUGGCACCUGAGGAGCCCAGUGAUCGUCCACCAAGGCCGCGCCGAGACUCAGCUUCGACACCGGAGGGGCCCCGAGAUCGUCCGUCGAGAUCGAGGCGGGCCGCCGCCGCCCGCCGUACCGCCGCCCAGCGCCCGACCUUUGCUACGGGCGCCCGCGUCAAGCGACUUGUCGAUUCGGGGCACGGUUGUGCGACAGGACCGACCUCGAGUGGGCCGCCGCGCGAGCGCGAGACGCCCUGACGUCUUACGCCAUCAAGUACGUGGGUGAUUCUGACUCGUUUAGCGUUCCCGAUAUGGGCGAUUGUAUUGGGGAUGAAAGUACCACCACUCUUAAGAUGAUUCAGAAGUUGGCGGACAAAUGCACACUCGUGACUUUGCCUCGCUCCGAGGCGGUAGGGACCAAAGAUGCCCGCCACGUGCUGCUGAUAAAGAAACCGUCCGAAGCGCCUACAUCUCGCGCCCAACGAUAAAGCGGCAGUAACUUCGAAAGACUUUUGGGGGAUGAACCGGUCCGAUCGUACGUUCCUUUUCUUUUGCGGCCGUGGGCGCUAAAUGCGGUGCACACAGAAGGUUGUCAUUUAGGAGAGGACGUGACGCUGGCCUCCCUCGAGCGUUACUAUUUUUGGAUUGGCAUGAGUGACAGCGUGCGAUGGUUCAUUAUACACUGCAUCGUGUGCCAAGCCUCGAAAACGGCUCGCCGAAAAGCUAGAUGGCCGUUGAUUUCGCUUCCCUUACCCUCUCGGCCGAGGGGUGUGCCUCAAAGCUAGCCAACGAUUAUUGUACGCGUUGGGGAUGCCCGGUGUAACUGUUGUCGGAUAGAGGUGGCGAGUUUACGGCGGCGGUCGCGCGUGAUGUGUACCGAUUGCUUGGGGUCACGAAACGGUUUACCAGCUUAUUCUACCCUCAAACCAUACGGUCUGCCAGAUGUUAUCUCAUGUGAUCAGCGCCCAACAAUGGGACGACCAUCUCUUGCCGUGUGUGUACGCUCACAACAAUCACGCGAGUAAGGCUACCGGUCUGGCGCCCAUGGAAGUACAUUUUGGCCGGUAUCCUCGUUUUCCGAUGACGGUUCUUGGGUCACAGAAGGUGGUUUCUGGUAUGCAGUCGAAAAAGCGGGAUGAUCUAGAAUACCUCCAGCUCAUGAAAGACCGGCAAGCGAAAGCCUACGAGCUAGUGGUUGAAAGAAACAGGCUCACGAAAGAAAAACACGGAGCACGCAACGAAGAUCUAGACAACCUCAAUACGAAGCGGCCGAUUUCCCACGCGGGCACGCGGGUGUGGUGCGACGAUCCACAGCACACCCUCCGUACAGCGAAUGACGAUAACACAGCUUCUGCCAAUAGGAUUAAAGCAAAACUCGUUAACCUGUGGACAGGACCAUUUAAAGUACUGGCUGUAGGGCCCUGUCGCUUGAACGACAUGGAAGUUGGGUCCAAGUUGCUGUAUCUGGAAGUCCCACAGGACACACAGGCCAAAUCCAACCGUGUCUCAGUGUUGGGUUGUAAGCGUUGCCAUUGUGCGGGCAAACCUGAGGAAUUCCCCGACUUAUUACCUUGGAAAAUUUGUUCGUACGUCCUGAAUAAAUUUGCAGACAUGGCGCCUCCCUUCUACCUCACCGCGGAUGACGUGGAAAUAGAGCUUGACGUACAGCGUGCGCAGCCGACCGCUAUCACUGGUCACCGUAUCAGUAGAGGUCCAGGGGGUUCCAUCGCGGUACACUACGAAACGCGUUGGCGCGGACACCGCCAGCCCACUUGGGAAUCUGAAGCAAACAUCCAUCAGUAUGGUGAUUUUGUCGUAAAGUAUUGGGUGGGCAGUACAGUGCGUCAAGUAGGAGCCGACAAUAAAGUGCACCGUGACUAUAAUGAACUUGCCGCGCACCGCGCGCAAGCUCGCUCUCGUGAUUCCCUUUAUGUGCCACCAGGGUACGCGUUACUGGCGCCGUGGGAGCGUGGGCCGGCGUUGCUGUCAGCGGAGAUGAAAGGAGUGCAUGUGUACGUGCGGACGAAACAGGAGGGCUGGCAGCUGGGGGUAGUACAUCAGGUUUCGAGGGCGCGGGAGGAGGACCUGCAGUACAACGUCAAUUUCGUCGACCUCGAGUGGCGUUUCAACGGUUCGCUGUCGUCGACGAAAUAUUGUACGGCGGUUGAUGGUCCGCCCGGAUCGUGGUGGUUUCUUGUGCACAUGCGGUCCGGGAGCGUCCGGAGGAAGGGGACCCGAGGGGUGCUCUGUGG